CAAUUAAGCUAGAGCCAGUACUUGUAGCGGGGCGCGAGGCUUCCUGCAGCUGCAUGAGAGCUUUCACGUGAAUGGCUGGGUGUAGGCUCGAGCUGCUGCUAGUCCUGACUUGGACUCUGCUGCCGGUGUCCGUCCGGGGGUGGGAGCGCAUAAAUGAAACUGAGCUUCGCAGUUUGUAUGAGCCCGGAGAGAGGGGCGAACCACAUGACCCUACAGAUUACAGUAGUGGCCUUGACCAGGGUGAAGCUAAAAUUCUUGAAGAUGUGGUCCUUGAAGCCGAAGGUGUUGCCAGCAGUGAAAACUUUGACUCCGAUGUUGACUAUGUUGACUAUGAUGACUUGGCCGUAGAUGAUUCUAGACCCACGCACUAUGGUGGUGGUGUGGACCGUGGGUUCCAGGUAAAAUUUGAAGAUGAGCCUCCAAGGAGCUGGCCAGGCAGUUGUAAUCCAACUGCUGCUGAUCUAGAAGUUGUUUGCAGUGAAAGUGGCUUCCAAAUUACUCUGCCAACAGGACCUUUGAGUGAGGUUAAGGUGUUUGGCUCUGGGGACAGUCUGCUGCCUAUUGUUGGUGCGCCAGAAAACUGUGGUUAUGAAGUGGAUCCGCUGAAGAACACCUUAACUGUACCCUUCAAUGGGUGCAAUGUGGAGCGGCAUGCGGAUGGCUUCAGUCUACAGCUGUUGUACACCGAUACACUUGGCCAGAGACGAGUGUCGACCACAUCUUGCAACAAGUUUGAUCCAGAAAUGGUGCCACGUUCAGGUGGUGGGCCCUUGCCGUGUGUUAAACUAGUCAGAGAUCCACAAGCACUGGUUCCACCACCUAUGUUACCGGUUCCUCCAGUACCACAACCAGGAUUGCCCCAACCAGCAUUCCCUCAAUCAUCACCAACAUUAAGACAACAUUGCAGCAUCCCUGUGGGAGAGCAGGUGAGAUGUGGUCAUUAUGGAAUAUCUGUCUCAGAAUGUCGGGCCAUGGGCUGUUGUGUGGAUUUGCUAGCGUCUGUCUGCUACUACCCACUUGAAGAGUGCACAGUGGAUCAACAUUUUGUAUUUGCCAUUCGGUACAACUCUGCAUCCAUCCCUGUGGAUCCUACCAGACUGAUUGUUCCUGGAAAUCCAGAGUGUAAACCAGCCAUUGUUAACAACCAGGUCGCCAUCUUUAAGUUCAAAGUUACAGAAUGUGGAACCCAUUCUUACGAUGUUGGUGAGGUGACGAUAUACCUGGCUGAAGUGCAGAGUAUUGUUCUUGCUCUCAAUCUAAAGUAUGGUGUCAUUACAAGAACUGAUCCACUCAGAUUUCUGAUUGAGUGCCGCUAUAACAAAUGGGGCACUGCUCAAUCAAUGGCUAGUGUUGGCUACAUGGUGAAGACCCCACCUUCCAGUAUGCCUUCUUCAGUCAUCUCUAACAGUUUAUAUGGUGUCGAGUUGAGAAUUGCCAAAGAUGAGACUUAUUCAAGUUUCUAUGACCAUCACCAUCAGCCCUUGCGGCUGCUCCUCGGCCGCCCUGUGUAUCUUGAAUUGCGCCUCAGCUCUCCUAACGCAGAUGCAAUAAUUCUUGUGAAUUACUGCCUGGCAUAUCCUCGUUCUGCAAAAAAUGCUCUGGUGCUAAUCUAUGAAGGGUGUGCCAAUCCUCAUGACCCACAUGUGUCCAUACUUAAAGUCAGCAAUGUUCCUGGAGUGAAUCAUGAAAAACGCUUUAUAGUGAGUGCCUUCCAGUUCAUGGAUCAAAGGACAAACAAGUACCUAAAUGAAGAGAUUUAUUUCAUGUGCUCUGCAGAAGUUUGUCUGCCAGCAGAAAAGAGAUGUGAUGAGCGGUGCUUUGAUGGGAGGGUUCAAUAAGGAUUUGAUCUGGAAACUAACAUUGUGAUUUAACUAAGAAAAUAAAGCCUUUUAAUUCACUAUG